GAAAGUGCUCUUUAAUUGAUUCUUUGCACCGUCUAGGAGCUUGAAAAUAAUCCAACUGAGAACACGGCCUGUAUUUUCAAUGACAAAUCAGAGUGGAGGUCAGAACUCUAAUAGUGAGUGGGAGGACACAGAGAAUUCUGUUCAUACAAGGAAUGAGAGAAGACUUGUUGAGUUUUGUGGUUUGAUAUUAGUCGGGUGUUUUUUCCCCCUAGUUUUGCUCCAGUUUCUAGUAGGUGGGACAUUUAGUUAGUGGACUUUAUUCAGGCAGCAUAUUUUCAACUUCUGUUUGAAACAAGAUCUCACUUGGAGGAGUCAGAAGAGAACAUUACAUGGUAUCAGCCAACUAGUUUCUAAAUGUAUUUUGCUUCCAGGUCCAAAAAAUGAGAUUUCCAGUAAAGAUUGUUUUACUUCUAUUGUGGACUGUCUGUGUUGCACAAGAAUGUAAUGAUGGUCCUCCAAGAAAAUCUACAGAAAUUCUAACAGGAACAUGGUCUGAGUCAGUAUAUCAAGAAGGUACACGUGCUACUUACAAAUGUCGACCUGGAUAUAGAACACUUGGAAGUAUUGUAAUGGAAUGUAAGAAUGGAAAAUGGGAGUCUCUUUACCCAAAUAAAGUGUGUAUGCGAAAGCCCUGUGGUCAUCCUGGAGAUAUACAGUUUGGUUCUUUUGAACUUUUGGAAGACACUGAGUUUUUAUUUGGAUCACGGGUUGUAUAUAAAUGUGAUGAAGGAUAUCGGUUGGCAAGCCCAAUUAAUUUCCGUGUAUGUGAAGCAGAUGGAUGGACCAAUGAUGUCCCUUUCUGUGAAGUGGUUAAGUGUUCACCAGUGACAGCACCACAAAAUGGAAAAAUUUCCACCAGUUCACUUGACCCAGACCAGGAAUUUACUUUUGGCCAAGUGGUACAGUUUGAAUGUAACCCAGGCUUUAAGCUAAAGGGGCCUAGGGAAAUACACUGCUCAGCAGAUGGUGAUUGGAGUGAACAAAACCCUCAAUGUGUGGGAAUUUUAUGUGAAUUACCAGACAUUGAGAAUGGGAAUCUUUUAGCUGCAAAAGCAAUUUACAAGGAGAAUGAACGGCUACAAUAUACAUGUAACCCAGGUUUUGCACACAGUGAACGAGGAGAUGCCACUUGCACUAAAAAUGGCUGGAUUCCAGUUAUGUCAUGUAAAGAAAUCACAUGUCCUCCCCCACACCUGGCUAAUGGGAAUAUAUACCCUCAGAAAGAUAAAUAUAGAGGAAGUGAUGAAAUCUUGUACCACUGCAAAAAAGGUUUUUACCCACCACUUACUGGAAAUAAGGCAAAAUGUACCCCUGAAGGCUGGUUACCUCUUCCAAGAUGUAACUUGAGACCUUGUGAAUAUCCAGAAAUUGAAAAUGGAUUCAUUUAUAAGCCAUAUUGGCAAACUGAGAAAUACUAUCGAAGUUUGUUUCCACAAUCUAUUGGAAAAAUAAUGUACUACCGUUGUAAUGAAAAUUAUGUAGCUGCUCAAAGAUCUUACUCAGACUAUUGGACAACAUUUUCAUGUACUGAAGAAGGAUGGUCUCCAGUGCCAGAAUGCCUUAGAGUGUGUUACCUUCAUUCAGUAGAAAAUGGUAAUUUUUGGCCAAGGAAAAUAUCUUAUAUGGAAGGUGAUGAAAUAACAAUUCAAUGUAUUUAUGGCUACAGUCUUCCAAAUAAUCAAGAGAAAAUUACCUGCACCAGACAAGGCUGGUCUACUGAUACAGACUGUAGAGAGAAGAGAAUGUGCACAGUUAAAAGUUACUUUGAGAAUGGAUUUUUUUCUGAAUCAAAAUUACAUUACCCUGUCAAUACAGAAGCAAGAUACCAAUGUAAAGAAGGAUAUGCAACAACAGACGGAAAAAAAGAGGGAUUUAUCACAUGUGGGCAACAAGGAUGGUUGAAUCAACCACAGUGUAUUAAAAUUUGUGAUAUUCCUCAAUUUGAAUACGCCAGAUACAAAGGAAGUAAGGCAUUUUUGAAGCCUAAUGAAAGAUUAGAAUAUGAAUGCAUGGAUGGAUAUGAAAUCACAAGUGGGGAAACUACAGGUGUCAAAGUUUGUGGUGUUGAUGAGUGGCCCACAAUAAUUGAAUGCUAUGAAAAACUGUGUCGUCUCCCUAUUCUACAAUACACUUUAUAUCCCAAUCCUACGGCAAAUGAAUAUAAAGUUGGAGAUGUGCUGACAUUUCGCUGUUCCAGUGGACUAAAACUAGUUGGAUCACCUUUUGUGCAGUGUUACCACUUUGGAUGGUCCCCCAGUAUUCCUACAUGUGAACAGAAAGUAGAAUGUUGCGAACAACCACCUGAAAUUGUGAAUGGGACACCUAAGGACUCCAACAAUAAGACAUAUUGUCAUAGUGAUGUAGUAGAGUAUAAUUGUGAUCUUGGAUUUGUGAAGAGAGGACCCAAGAAAAUACAAUGCAAUAAUGGAGAAUGGACAACCUUACCCACUUGCAUUGAGGAAAAAAGAAGAUGUGCAGAAUUACCCAAACUUGUCCACGGUCAUGUUCAGACUCAUAACCUGUCAUAUUUCCAUGGAGCUUCAGUGGAAUAUGGUUGUGAGGAAGGUUUUACAAUGGUUGGAAGAAAGACAGUUACCUGUGAUCAAGGAAAUUGGACCCAACUCCCCAAAUGCAUUGAAACACAUGAGCUUGGAAGAUGUGCAUCAACAUUUUUUGAAGAUUUGCAAGUCAACCUACAUCACAACGAGUAUAAUGAAGUUAUUGUUGAUUAUAGAUGUAACUGGAAUUCAGAAGUCAGAAGUACAACAUGUGUGCAUGGAAGAUGGUAUCCUGAACCACAAUGUCCAAAAAUGAAAUCAUGUGCACCUCCACCUCAAAUACCUAAUGCUCAGAAUAUGAGUACAACGGUGAACUACGAGGAUGGUGAAAAAAUAGGUGUUUUUUGUAAAGAAAAUUACCUUCUUCAAGGACAAGAAGAGAUAAUAUGUAAAAAUGGACAGUGGGAUUCAUUGCCACGUUGUAUUGAAAAAAAGCCAUGUUCCAAACCACCUGCUAUACAAUAUGGAGCCAUUAAGGAAGUGAGAAGUUCAGAAGUAGGUGAUGACAAUUUGGAAUCCAAUACCUACGCACAUAAUACUACAGUAAACUACUCAUGUGAUGAGGGAUUCAAGAUGAUAGGAAGAGAGGAGAUAACAUGUAAUAUGGGAAAAUGGAGCCCAUCACCUCAGUGCAUUGGAAUUUCAUGUGGAAAACCACCUAAAAUCCAAAAUGGUGCUGUUCUUAAGGAGUUAGACACUUAUGAGUUUGGAGACAGAGUGACAUACAAAUGUUACAAAGGUUUCAACAUCGAUGGGCCAGCAGCUAUAAAAUGUAUUGGAGGAACCUGGUCUAAUCCACCACAAUGUAAAGAUAUGAGAUGUUCAGCUCCACUCAAGUUUAAUAAUGCUGACAUGAUUGGUGUUUCAAAACCCCACUAUUUUCCAGGAGACAAAGUGACUUAUCAGUGUCUACCAAAUUAUCAGACUGAAGGCUCAACUGAAGUAACUUGUAUAGGAGGCUUCUGGAAAGGCAAUCCACAAUGCAAAGAUUACUCUUGUGGGUAUCCACCUCAAAUUGAAAAUGGUGAAAUUAUAAGCAAUAUAAAGGCACGAUAUGAGGCUGGUGAAACAGUGAGUUACAAGUGUAUUCGACAGCUUAAAAUUUAUGGAAAUCCAGAUAUAGUUUGUAUAAAUAAGACCUGGACAGAACUUCCUCAAUGCAAAGAGGAAGUAGGAAAAUGUGGACCACCACCACCUAUUAAUAAUGGAGAUAUCACCUCCUUCGCGUUACAUGAAUAUGCUCCAGGAUCACGAGUGGAGUACAGAUGUCAAAAAUAUUAUGUACUACAGGGUUCCCCAACUGUGACAUGCAGAAAUGGAUUAUGGACAAGGGAACCAACAUGCCUAGAGGCAUGUACAAUAUCAAAAGAAAUGAUGAUGAAAAAUAACAUAGAACUGAGAUGGCUAGAUGCUGAAAAAAUUUAUUCAAAAACAGGAGAAAUGACAGAAUUUGUAUGUAUUCGAGGAUUUCGUAAAGCACCAAGAUCACCUCCAUUUAGAGCAAGGUGCUCAAAAGGAAAUAUCAAUUAUCCCAGAUGUAUAUAAGAGAACUUUGGAAUUUAGCUGCAGAGACAAUGAAGGAGAAAAGCAUCAGAUAUAUCUUGUCACUGAUUGGAAAUGGCAACUGUAACAAAUGUUCAGCCUCAAUCUGCACGAUUUGAUCACUUUCUACUUUGAGAUAAAUGUUUUGAUUUGGUUGUAUUUUCACAGCUUGGUCCAUCAUUCAUUUUGACUUAAAAAUGUUCAACUUUAACCUGCAAAAGCUAAAGCAUGAAAUAGUUAAUAAAAAGUCAUUUUGUACCAAUAAAACCUUUACUAUAAGGAAA